AUGUACCGACCAUGGUACAAAAGAAAAGGGCAAAUUUUAUUCCCAUUGAUAAUACUUCUAAACGUCAUCUGUGGAUUCGAGGCAGCACUGACUAAUGCCAUUUUUCACGGAAAGACCGAGGUUUUGGUGACACCAGGACUUGUCAAAAAAGAUGGCCUGACCUUGGAUACAUGUGCAAGUGCAUGUGUUGCUGAAAAGACCAUCAAAUGUCAGUUUUUUAAGUUCAUUAAUGAUACCAGGACUUGCUAUCUGUCUGAAACAGAUCAUCCUAAUGUUAAACAUGCAGUCAGCAGCAACACACAACCCAGUGGAACUAAGACAGGUUUAUCAAGUAGCAGUAGCAAGUCAUCUAUGGGGAGCAGGUUUGAAGAUCUUGAAAGAUCAAUAAACAGACUAAAAAAUGUACAGAAAAAAGUGGAAAAUUUGGAAGAGACAGAUGAUGAAAAGACGGAUAACUUGAAAGCCUUGAAGAAACAAUCUGUGAAACAGGUCAAGGCCAUAGUGAACUUGGAUGGUCGUUUGAGGUCGCUGCACACUCAAGUAUCAGACAUUGGCAAUGAUCUGUUGGAGCUGCAGAAAUCACAAAGAACCAUUGCAAAAACAUUACAGACAGUCAGGUCUUCAACUGCAAACCUUGGGACAAAUGUUAAAAGGCUUACUCAUGUGGCAGGAGAGCUCAAGAGUGAUGUGGAUGACGUAAAAAUAUUCAACAACAGCAUCAAUCGACAGCUUUCCAAAGUUUCACAAAGCAACACAAACUUAGACAGAAAACUAAACAGACUAUCUUCUUAUCUACACGAUAAGAGGAUUUUUAAUCCAGAUAACAUGCAGCAUACUCAAUUUCGGAUCACCAAAGGAAUGUCCACAUUGGCUCGAUCACAGAAAUCAUUUUGGAAUGAACUUAGAGGUAUGGAGCACACUGUAGACAGGUUGACCUCAACGCUUAGACAAGAGAGCAAAGGAAGAGGAGAUAUGCACAGCACUAUCCUUAGUAUGCAAACAUCUAUACACAAUAUCAAGUUAGCUUUGGCAAAACUUUCUGAUCCAAUGUCCUUACAGAAUAGAAGAUGGCAGGAAGAUGUUACUAGCAUAAAGCAUGUCUUAUCAAAGCUGGCAGGGACCAAUUCUAGACUGGAAGGAGAAAUGAGGAGUAAUAGGCGUGCUGUAGCUUCGGUCAUCAAAGAUCUGACCAAUGUACAGAUGGCUGUCCAGAGUCUCAAGUCAAAUGUUGAUGGUAUCCGAACUACUAAUGCAGAUCUAGUGGAUUCAGUCCAGGAACUUCUGAAGACAAAGUCACAAAUUCCAAGUAUACUGCAGAUGACAAAAAUUUCAACAACCAUUUUGAAAGCGCUAAAUUCCAUUAGUAGGAAGGAACGAACACUGACGGCUAGGAUGAAACAGUUUGGAGACUCCAUAUCCACGAUGGAAAAGAAAAUACAAACCAAAGAUAACAGUAAAAAAAUCCAAAAACAAGCACUUCUUCAGCUGUCCAGUCAUGUCAAAACUCUAUCAGGGGACUUACAAAGGAUGAACAAGCUUGUGGUCAAGAUAGACAAAAAUCAGGCAUCAGCAGGUAUGGUCGGAAAAACUGGAGCUCUUUAUGGGAAGCUGGUCACUUCAGUAAACAAGCUCCACCGAAAGUUGGCAGAUAUGGACAUGCAAAUGAAACGCAAUCAAAAUGCUGCUCAAAGAAAUUCUGUCAGUGUGGCAAAGUCUUUGCUAGGCAAGUCAAUUAGCCAGUGGAAAACAUCACUGAAAGCACUGAAAUCUGAGCUUAAGGAACUACGAAACAAGGAUCGUUCCAUACAGAGAACUUUAGAUAAACUAGACGAAGAAGUUAAGAAGGGCAGACUAAAGCCAAGGAUUAUGUGUCCAAUGGGAACAUUAAGAAAAGGGAACAGAUGUCUCCGUAUAAAAGCUCCUGGUGGAAGGAAACGUGGAAAAGGGAGGCAUCGUGGAAGGAAGAAGCAUGUUAGAGGAAGGCAUCAUAGGCGAAAACAUAGAAGAGGAAGGCAUCAUAGGAGAAAACAUGUCGGGAGAAAGCAUCAUAGGAGGCACCAUGCCAGAAGAAAGCAUCAUAGGAGGCACCAUGCCAGAAGACAUCACAGAAGGCACCAUGCAAGAAGAAGGCAUCAUAGAAGGCACAAUGCCAAAAAAAGGCAUCGCAGAAGGCACCAUGCAAGAAAAAGGCAUCACAGAAGACACCAUGCAAGAAAAAGGCAACACAGAAGGCACCAUGCAGGAAAAAGGCAUCACAGAAGGCACCAUGCAAGAAGGGAAAGAAGGGCGAUACAAGGACAUGUAGAAAGAGUCAAACGAGGGGUCAACCAAAACACAAAGAUGCCUGUUGCUCUGGCUGACAAGCAAGGACCAGCCUGUCCCUCUGGAUACCAACUAGUAGAUCUCUACUGCUUCAUGUACCUACCCAAGCCUCAGACCUUCGACAUGGCCAGGCAGCAUUGUCAGAAUCACAAAGGAGCUCUACCUGAAGUCACCUCAAGGAAAAUGCAGCAGUCACUGCAAAUAUUCCUUUUAGCAGAGACAAGAGCAAAGGUGCCGAGUGUCUGGUUGUCAGCUACAGUGUUUAACACUGAUGCUCAAAAGUGGUACUGGGAAAACAGUGGGGAUCCUCUUCUCUUUGAAAACUACAUGACAGAUCCACCAGCAGGCCAGGCAGGGGUUAUGUGUAAUCAGUUCAGGGUUGAGUGGGAUAGUCACUGGUCAGCUAACCCCUGUAACAAGGACAUCAAACUGCCCACUGUAUGUUACCAUACCAUUGACCAUGUGCCUUUACCCACAGCCAAACUGCCAUAUGGACUGGUAUAA